CAAGAACCCUGCAUAUACCUUUGUCAUAUGAAAAAAAAAAUACAUGAAGCUUUUAAACCCAUGUGAAUUGGGGGAGGAGGAGCUCACCAAGUGGCAACUGUGAUAAUAAGAAGGGUCAUUUGUACUUCCCAUUAUAUGUCAGAAGAUUAAGAACUACAUGUUAUGACUAGUAGUUCAGAAAUAUCUGUGUAUAGGAGAGAAUAUUUUUAUUCUGCAUCACUUUAUGAGUAAAGGAAUUGAAGCCUCAUAGUCUAAUAUUACGAUGAUAAGGGUAAAGUGUAGUAGUAAGGAAAUAACAAGGACUUCUGUCAUAAGACGGCCCUAAAAUCCAGUGCCUUUCCUAUAAGCACCUUGGUGAGCAGAGAACAUUCAGACUCUGACCAGAGUAUGUGCAAGGUCUUUAUCAAUUCUCUUAGAGAAGAAUGGCUCUAGUAAAUGGCUCAACUGUGACUGAAUUCAUUCUUUUGGGAUUAACAGACCAGCCUGGACUCCAAAUGCCUCUUUUCUUAUUGUUUCUAUUAAUGUACAUGAUCACAGUAUUCGGUAAUUUGACUUUGAUAUUUUUAAUUCUGUUAAAUUCUCACCUACAUACUCCCAUGUAUUUUUUUCUCUUGAAUUUAUCUUUUGUAGAUCUCUGUUAUUCUUCUGUGAUUACACCAAAAAUGCUGAUGAAUUUUAUACUAAAGAAGAAUCUUAUCUCUUAUAUGGGAUGUAUGUCCCAACUCUACUUCUUUUGUUUUUUCAUAAUUUCUGAAUGUUAUGUACUGGUGUCAAUGGCCUAUGAUCGCUAUGUUGCAAUCUGUAAUCCACUGUUGUAUAACACUGCCAUGUCCCCAAGGGUGUGUUCUUAUCUCAUGCUUGGUACAUAUUUGAUGGGAUUUUUUGAUGCUAUGAUCCAUACUGGUUGCAUGCUCAGACUGAGCUUCUGUGAUGGCAAUAUCAUCAACCACUAUUUCUGCGAUGUCCUCCCUUUGCUGCAGCUCUCUUGUACCAGCACCUAUGUCAAUGAGACAGAAAUUUUCAUUGUAGGGGGAAAAGACAUCAUUCUUCCCAGUGCCAUUAUCUUUUUCUCUUAUGGCUUCAUUCUCUCCAACAUUUUCCAAAUAAGAUCCACUUUGGGCCGGUCCAAGGCCUUCAGCACUUGCAGUUCCCAUAUAAUUGCUGUCUCUCUGUUCUUUGGAUCAUGUGGAUUCAUGUACCUGAAACCUUCCUCUGCUGUAUCUAUUGAUCAAGGAAAAAUCUCUUCCAUUUUUUAUACCAUUGUGGUUCCUAUGAUGAACCCCCUAAUUUAUAGCUUGAGAAACAAAGAUGUUAAAGUUGCCCUAAGAAAGACUUUGAGUAGGAGGAAGUUUUUAAAAGUAUAGUUGCAAAGUAGACAUUUUCUGUGUUAAUCACAUAUUUUAGUACACAAAUAUAAAUAAGUAUUCAUAUUAUCUUUAAAAAUAUUUCCACCAUUGUUAUUCCUUUUAGUCUUUUGCCUUUUUAAAAUAGUGAAAAGUAAAUCUUUUAUUUCUUACUAU